GCGAACGUGUUGAAGGAAGAGUUCGAAGCAAGUUUUAGAAUAUUAUAUUCUUCCCUUUCUAUUAAUUUAUGGCUCAGAAUUCUCAUUUAAUACAGAGGAAAAACUGGUUUGAAAAUCACCCUCAAUAUCUAGCCAUCCAGGCUCAUGGAUACGACAAAGACAACCCCUUCACGUCCAGAUCCGCCAUGUUGGUUUAUCUUGAGCUCUGUGAAAGUAAACAUUGGUUUGGAGUCGAAAUUCACUUCUCUGAUAAACUAAAGCGUGUUUAUUUGAGUGGAAAACCAAGAAAAAAAGCAGAGAAGGAAAUAAUUGUACCUCUGAGUGUGAACACAUCGUUAACAGUAGAAGAAAUUCAAAAUAUUGUGACUGAGAUCCAACAAUGUUUACGAGAUACUCCAGAAUAUAGCUCAAGGAACCUUGGUGUCACUCUAGGAAUAUGUGAUUCAGACUCAAGUAUAGUUUACUAUAAAGUUUACAAUGGAUUAAUGGAGCCAGGUCCACCUAAUGCAGAUGAUUAUGAUCAAGAUAAGGAUAUUUUUGAGGUCGUAACAGAGAAGAAAUGAUAUAUUUAGUAAUGAAUCUUAGUCAGUCAAGAACCAAUAGCUAGUUAAGCCGUCAAGCGUGCACCUUCAUUUCAACUGUUUAGUCUGGGUAUCUUCCAUAUUUAAAACUAAGCUUAUAAAUUUUCUUAGGUAUCUUUGAAACUUAUAUUCUUUUCCAUGGUCCUACCAUCUAAAUGAUUCAGCAUUUGAUAAGUCAUAAGACUAGAAAUGGGAGAGACAUUCGUUUUGUGGUACUUUCCCCAUAUACGCUUUUUCUGAUAAACUAUGCAUAUAUCUUAUGUGACUGGGAUUUGACUGAGUCCGUUAAAAUUUUUAAGAAAAGUUUAAAAAUAAUUGCUUAAUUCUAUGAAUAUUUAGACCUGUAGUAAUAAAUUCAUGAUGGAGGAAACAUUAUUUACCAGUCAGAGUACUUUAUAGCCUCCUGUGUGGACUUUCUUAGUGUCUGUCACGCAAUGUUUCAUGACAGACCCUAAGAAUGUCUGCGUGAAGGGAUUAUAUGAGCAAGAAUUACAUUUUUAUUUUGUCUAA